UGGCGGCCGGAAGCGGAAGCGAGCGGCGCUGCGGCUGCGAGGCCUUCACGGCCGCGGGGCCGCGGCCCGGCCCUUCCGCUUUGCCGCGGGAGCCGGCGGCGAGCAGCGGCGCGUUCCUCCGCGGCGCCGAGCGGCGCGACCCGGCUCGGCUCAUGGACCGGCACAAAGUGAAGCGGCAGCGGCUGGACCGGAUCUGCGAAGGCAUACGGCCUCCUCUUGUGAAUGGCCCAAUGCCAGCACGGCCACUGGUUGCGCUCCUGGAUGGAAGAGAUUGCACUGUGGAGAUGCCCAUCCUGAAGGAUGUUGCUACAGUGGCAUUUUGCGACGCUCAGUCAACUCAGGAAAUCCAUGAAAAGGUACUGAAUGAGGCAGUAGGAGCUCUGAUGUAUCACACCAUUACGCUAUCUCGUCAGGAUCUGGAGAAAUUCAAAGCCCUCAGGGUCAUUGUGCGUAUUGGCAGUGGCUAUGACAAUGUUGACAUCAAAUCUGCUGCAGAAUUAGGUAUUGCAGUUUGCAACAUCCCUUCCUCCUCAGUAGAGGAGACUGCUGAUUCUACCCUCUGCCACAUCUUGAACCUCUAUCGCCGUGUUACUUGGCUACAUCAGGCUAUGCGGGAGGGGAACCGAGCUUCGAGUGUGGAGCAAAUUCGAGAGGUGGCUGGAGGCGCUGUGCGUAUCCGUGGGGAGACUUUGGGCAUCAUUGGACUAGGCCGAGUUGGACAGGCAGUGGCUCUGCGAGCCAAGUCCUUUGGCUUCAACGUGAUUUUCUAUGAUCCCUAUCUGCCGGAUGGAGUGGAGCGAUCCUUGGGUUUACAACGAGUAGGAACCCUGCAGGAUCUACUAAUGCACAGCGAUUGCAUCACAUUGCACUGCAGCCUGAAUGAACAUAACCAUCACCUCAUCAAUGACUUCACUAUUAAACAGAUGCGCCAGGGCUGCUUCUUAGUGAACACAGCCCGGGGAGGGCUGGUUGAUGAGAAAGCCUUAGCUCAAGCCUUGAAAGAGGGGAGAAUCAGAGGAACAGCAUUGGAUGUACAUGAAUCUGAGCCUUUCAGCUUUGCUCAGGGACCCUUAAAAGAUGCACCCAAUGUGAUCUGCACCCCACACACUGCCUGGUACAGUGAGCAAGCUUCCAUUGAGUCCAGAGAAGAUGCAGCUAAAGAGAUCCGCAGAGCUAUUACAGGUCACAUACCUGAUGCUUUGAGGAACUGUGUUAAUAAGGAGUAUUUGCUGUUAGCAGCGCAGUGGUCCACUAUUGAUCCUGCAAGUGUCCACCCAGAACUCAAUGGAGCUGCAGCAUACAGGUUUCCUCCAGGAGUAGUGGGAGUAGCCACCCCUGGGCUACCAGAACCACCAGUAGUGGAAGGGAUUGUAGCUCAUGGAAUCCCUUCUGUCUCCCUCUCUGCACCACGUACCCCUUCCCCAGGAGAGACGAGUAAACUGGAUGCAGACAGAGAGAUUCCUGCUGACCAGUAGCAGCAUCUCUCUCUCCCUUCCUCUGUCAGCAGAAAAAAAUAGGAGGACAUCUCCUCCUAGGACCUUCUUUAACACCAUACAGAGACUGUUUCCUGUUCAUAUAGGACAGGAGGAUGCAUUUCAUUACUGGCAAACUUUAGCUCUUGCCUUUAUUUUAUAACCCUUUUAGUUAUUAUCUCUCAGUGAAUCUUUCCCCUUCUCUGGGGCAGGGCAGCAGUGACCUUGCCUCCCCUUGGAAAUACUUGGUUUAACCAGUGAUUUUUCCUAUAUGUCUGCCUCGAUCAUCUGUGACAGGGAACUGUCUUUAGUGCACUUGAAAAUGGGAGAGGUAGAGCUGCCUGAUCAGGAAAGGCCCUCAGUGCUCCUAAUACCAGACACCAGUGCACAUUUUUCAGUUGUGACUUGUAGCAGCUUACGUUCCAUUUGGCUGAACCUCUCAAAGAAUAGGCAUGGGAUAUAUCAGAAAAAGAUUAGGAAAUUGGAGAAGUGACUCUUGUCUGUAUUACGCUGUUGGUAGAAUGCAGCCUCAGCUCCGUGCAUUACCUUGCUUGUUUUAAUCAAGGUUUUCUGUGAGAACAGACAGCGCAGGCACUGCUUGUUCUUGACUGUAAGUUUUCUCUGUGCAGUAGUAGGUGCAAAUGUAAAAGUGACAGUCUCAAAGUCAGUCUUGUAAAUUAUUUGGAAUGGAUUAAAAAGUCACCAACUGUGUUCUGGUGGCCACUGUGUUUGCGAGGCUUCAGAAUAAUUCACUGUGGAGUUUGUGUACCUCAGAGAAGGCAAGAGAAUGCAGAAAUAGGAAAAACUUCCACUGGGAGACAGCAAGUAGCAAUAAUUUGCAGCUGCAAUUGCUGGUUCCUCGCACACACGUACCUCAGUCUAAUGGCGCUGUUUAUUCACAAGGUAUGUUAAAAUUCUAAGCUUUGUACUACAGAAUUUUGUAGGCAUAACUGCAUCAACUAGAAGUAACAUACCAGUGGUGGUGACCCUUGUCUCUGCUCAUGGAGAACACAGCUUUUAAGGCUUGACCAAAUUACUCUAGUUGGUGUAGCUCUGCUAGCAUAUACUGCAUCUUCAAUAGUGGGUAGAGUAAAACGGAGCUUUUUAGCCUUGUGAUACUAAAGGAGAAAGAAUACAAUUAGCUUAUCACCUGAAGCCAAGGCAGGGUUGUUACUCUGAAGCCUUUUCCAAUUUCUCUGUCCCAAAUGAUUGAGUAUGAAUCAAUUCUUUGAGGGGAGAGGAGUCUUCAGCAAAAAGGGUUCCACAGGAGAUUUUCCUUAAUUUUAAAUUUUCCUUUAAAUUUCAUCUUGUUACACUUCAGUUAUAGCCUUUCCAUGCACAAGAUGUAACAAUCCGUGAUUGAUUUAUUUCUGUUGUGUGGGUACAUUAAAGUAGGUGCUAUACAGGAGGCAUAUAUGGUGUGGUUUUGUCUGCCUCCCUUGAUUCCUCCCUCUUUUGUGUGUCUGUGACUGGGAGCUGAAUAGCUGGGAACAGACUGCAAAAACACCUUGAGGAGUGCAUGAAAUUAUCUGCUUAGGCUGUUUACGAUUUGAGAAGCUGAACAAAGCUUUCAGAGUCACAAAGGUUUCAGGCUUUUUCCAGGUUUUAAGUUAUUCUCCAGUACUGCAUUUGUGUAAUUGCUAACUAGUGAUAUGGUGAAGUGAUAUAUUCCUCUCCACAUGUCUGCCUGCACUCUGUCCCCAACCUCCAAAAUACACAAACAACAGAAAAAACCUCUUGGCAAUUCAAGAAAGAAAACGAGGCAAGAAGUAAACUUCAGGUGUUUUCUUACAGAUUUUACACUUUAGCAUUAGUGAAAUUCUAGUUCUCUACUGCUGAGUGUCUUUUUUGAUAAGGUAUUUAUGUUAAUGAAGAUUCUUGACUUCCAUUUUUCAUGGAUGAUGCUCGUUCUACUUAAAAUUCAUAUACCUCCUUGGCUGCUCAGGUUUACCAGGUCAGACUGGGACUGGUGGUAGGAACAAGUUACAGGAGUUUUUUUGAGGAAAAGCUUGGAGUUCAGAAGCAUUUCAAUUUGAGCUGUACCUAAAAUAACCAGCAGCCCUUUUUUGAUUUCUUAAUUUCUAGAAAACCUAAAUUUUACAAGCUACUAGCUCAGAAAACUGUUAUUCUGACGGGCAGGUGGAGAGAAGUUUCAAUCAGGACUGACAGCUGAUCCUUCUGUCUGUUACUGCAUUAGGGAAGCAGUCUGUCCAUAACUACUGUUUCCUUAUUUUCUGCUGAAAAUUCCUGUCCUGCUUAGAGGUUCAGGUCUGCAGAUUAUUUUGUGGUAAGGGGCUUCUAGUUACGAGCUUCGUGAAUGCAGGGGAUCAGAGUACGUUCAUCUUCUCUCUUCUAAAGCACAAUGCAAGGUACAUUUUUGAAAGGCAGCAGGUCAUUUUUUUUAACUGCAGUGGUCUCUGAAGAUCAGUCAAGCAGCUCUGAGCAGAGGAAGAGUGGAAAGACACAAAGAGUUUCUCAAUUCUUAUAUUUGGUGACUAGUAACAGUAGGAGUAAAAAACUGAUGCAUAAGAAAUACUUCGUUAUGGGUACUGAGGAGUCGAAGCUGACAGCACUGAUGAUAGUGACAGUUCUUUUCAACACCAUGUAGACUUGUGAUGGGAUAUAAGGCAACUUUCCCCUUGAUGAAAGCCUCAGCAGAAAAUGAUGAGAUAAAAACUGAACAGAACCUUGACUACAAUCUCAAAGAAGGGCUCUCUGUGCCUGUAGAAUUACUCUGCGUAUAUGCCAUUUGUACCCCUGCUUUAUAGACUGAACCUAUCAUCACCAGACCAAGGCUGUUCUGAACAGAUAGCUCAGAGAAAAAAUUACUAAUACUGAAGUACACUGUGGUCUUCUCCAUCCCGUGAGUGCCAAUCCCUUUCGAUAGCACCCUCUCCUGCAUGAUACACUGACUUGCAGCUCCUCCUCCCAAUCUUAGUACAGUACAUAGAAGUGGAAGGAUUUGAUUUUCUUAUUUUUUUCCCUCUUAAAAUGCCUGCCUUCAGGACUAGUGCAAAGCUUUAAUCCCAAAGAACAGAAGUUUCCCAGGGUGAGGCAGGAGUGCCCUAGCUGCGCUAACCUGCUUACAGGAGGUGCUCAUACUCUUCCAAGGUACAUUCUUGUUUGUCAGGGUCACUGCUGCUGACCAGCUUUUUUAUAGAGGACUCAGAGUUUCAGAAAUAUAUUUUUGUAGACAAUAACUAAACUGUGAAACAUUGAAAUAAAGCAUGUAAACAAAAACUGAUAGCACUGUCCUCUGUACAGAUGUUAUUCUCACUUCAGUUCUCUCCUGACUCGUUAGAAAAUGUUUGAUUACUUCUUGGAUAUAUUUUAAUAAAGUUCUCUAAAGAA